GUCUGUAUGACUGAACACAAAGGACCAUGCCUCUUCCAGAAACCAUGUUUUGUGCUGAGCAGAUCAGAAUCCCCCCUGAAUUACCUAAUAUUCUGAAGGAAUUCACCAAAGCGGCUGUUAGGACUCAACCUCAUGAUGUUUUGCAGUGGUCAGCUGCGUAUUUUUCAGCGUUGUCAAAAGGUGAGACCCUUCCUGUGAAGGAGAGGCUGGAAAUGCCUUUAGCAAUAGAGAAAACGGAUGCUGUUUUGACCAAAGGACUCCUUAAAGUCUUGCACAAACAGCUUUCUCCCAAAGGCAUAGUGAAUGUUGUGGAACUGAAGGAGAAAUGGAAGCACUUGUGCUUGCCAGAGGAGCAGCUGGAAGCUAUCCUGCAGUUGGACAACUUCGGCAAAGAGGUGGAAUGGAUGAAGUUUCUGGCACUUGGGUGCAGCGUGCUUGGCAAGUCCUUGCUGAGUUCAGUGAAACAUGCCUGUGAAAUCUUAACAAAGGACCCAGAAGGUGGAGCAGCUUGCAUACCCUUCGAAACAUUCUCAUUUCUUUACUUGUAUUUGGCCAGUAUUGAUGGAGAGAUACCAAAGGAGGAAGUUGAAGUCUUCCUCCACAAAAUUAAAGAGGAAGCUGACAAGCAAUCUGGCAUGGUGCUGCUCAGAAACUUUUUGAGCCAGGCCUCAACACUGUUUUGAUCAAGCCCACUCUUCAUUAUUGGGUGACAGAAGAAAAGAAAAAGUAAGAAACAAAUGUGCAGAAAAAGAAUCUGUGUUUAAAGGACUAUUAUUUGCACAUCACAAUAAAAGACCCUCUCCUGGCACUUUC